AAAUAAGAAUUUGUUCUUAACUGACUUGCAUAGUUAUAUACAAUAUUUGGCAGAUUCCCAAAAAGAUGUAGAAUCAGUGUAAACAUGUUUUUUUGGUACUUUGUCCUUGUGGCUUGGUGCGCUACAUGUAUAAAAGUGUUCCUCCUUCUCAAGCUGAACAGAACCUACAGACUACCACCUGUGAUUCCUUCUCUGACAGGAAAAGAUUACCAUGGAGAAGUUGGCCAUCCUUCUGCUUCUGAGUGCUUCCAUUGCACUGGGUGACGCAAACCUGACCCAGCUGCUUGGUUUAGAACCCUUACUGAAGACUAAGGUGGAACGGACUCCUCCUGAGGCUCAGGUGGAAGCAGUGCAGGAGGGGAUAAAGGAAGGUUCGUGUCCCUCAGACUGGUACACAUAUGGAUCACACUGUUUCAAGUUUGUCAGCAUUCAGCAAUCAUUCGUAGAUUCGGAGCAAAACUUGGCACUUGGUGGAAACCUAGCAUCCGUGCAUAGCCUUUUAGAGUACCAGUUUAUGCAAGCACUGACAAAGGAUGCCAAUGGCCACCUACAUAGCACCUGGCUUGGAGGUUUUGAUGCAAUCAAGGAGGGCACAUGGAUGUGGUCAGAUGGGUCCAGAUUUGAUUACACUAACUGGGACACCGAUGAGCCCAAUAAUGCUGGAGAAGGAGAGGACUGUCUGCAUAUGAACGCUGCAAGUGCGAAGCUCUGGUUUGACGUGCCCUGUGAGUGGAAGUUUGCAUCUCUCUGUUCCAGAAGAAUGUAGGCUAGGAAUCGCCACAGCUACUUCACCUCCACCUCCAGGGGUCAACAGUCUACACUUCAAUAAUCAAACCAAGAUCUGCCACUCACUGCAGCUAACCAACAUGACAAGUAAACCUCUAUUCACAAAAAAAGCUAGCCACCUAUCUAAUAAUUAGCUAACGAGCCAUAUCCAACAGUUACAAAUAAUGACAGAGGCAUUUACAAGAAACAGAAAACAUGUAGCUAUCGAAGAAACAGUCUUUGAGCUCAAUGCAGACUUUUAUACUAAGUCAUUAUCUGCUGUUAGAUAGCUACUGUUUAGGUAGGCUAACAUUUCAGGUUAACUAACAUUAGCUAAGCUUGUGAUGAAACUGUGUGAUGUUGCUAAUUCUGCUUUUGAAAAUAAAGAUACAUUACAUACUCUGAAA